GGGAAGGUUGUCUCGGUAGGACGUCGGUUUUGCUACCCUGUUUGUCACUUGUGUAGUUACAAAUGUCGUUUACUGGAAUGUGAAGAAAUGAACGGUAAUUUGAGGUGUUCGCGUUGUCGAGCUGUUGUGGCUGCCGGGAGAGAACACUUUAGGUUUGCAGUCGCUCUUCGCCUCGUGUGUGAAAACGAUGAAAUGGUUGAUAUCGUGAUUUUUGGAGAGAGACUUGAAGUUGUGUUUGGAGGGUCUGCGGAUGAGAUAAUGAGAAUUAUUUCUCAAUCUCAUCUGUCUCCUGAUUGUGUUUACACUGUCUUGGAAGAAUAUUUUAUUGGUAGCUGGUUUCAUUUCUCAGUGCAAGCACUGCAAAGUAAUAGUACCAGAUUGUCAAGAGCAUCCAAUCGAAGCUACAUAUCACACUCUAUAAAACCUAUGUCAACAUCAGCAAUAGAGAAGUGUAUCAUACGAUUGCUGACAGAUGCAACAAAUCAACAUAAGUCAUGUUCUACAGUGUUAUGCCAAUCAACAGACAUGUGUAAUGCUGCUAGCAGAACAUCAUACAGUCAACCUUUGCCUGUGACAUUCUUUCCUAAAUCUAGUAGACUCACUGUUGAUAACGAGGAAUCACACAUGCUUUCCACUUGGGAUCCUUCUCAACCUAAAACACAGCUGGAACUAGAACCGUGUUUUAUUGGCAAAGACACAUCAGAGACUAAAGCAUUUCUGAAGACUGACAUUCAAUGUGCCAGGUGUGACGAUGCAGAGAGAGCCAGGAUGAACUGGAAAUUAAGUCCAAGUGGGCAUGACUCUGUGGGUUUGGAUGAUACUUUGGCACAUUUGCUGUCUGGUACAUUGGAUACCUUUGCAGUAGGCCAAAUUAUGUCUGGGACAUUGGAUAUCUCUACAGAAAGUGAAAUUAUGACAAUUAUUAAGUCAAAGCAGCAUGAUGUCCACACCUUGUGUGUGGACAAAUCUUUGACCAUGCCAAGUUCAAGUAAGGAACUUGGCUUUCAUGAACUAGAUGCUCGUGGAUGUCAUCUGUCCGAUGUUGUGGACUCACAUCACUGUUGGCUAGUCGAAUUUGACGACCCUGUUUUUUGUCAGCGAUUCUUCUCCACUUUUCAGGAAAGUUCUGAAACCAAGCUGCCCGAGGAAUGGCGCCAAGAUCAGCAGGUGGAGAGUCCUAUCAGCAAAAUAGCUCUAAAUAGGCAGGACAGGAUAUUAACUGGGUGUACAGCUGCCUCUAAUGGUCUCUCAUCAGGGUGCUCAAUGCAAAACUCAGGAACCUCAGGGUUUGGAUUGUGGUCAGUGAAUCAACAUUUAGCAAGCUGUAGUGAUUUGAAGACCUCAUACCAAUGUGAAACCUUUCCUGUGGAUGGUGAGAGUAUCCCGUCGCCUCGAUUUGUUUCGACUCCAUUGCAUGUAGCUAAGAAACGAUGUGUGCAAGUGACACCUCUAGAAACAAAGACUGGGUUCAAUAGGUAUGACUGUGGUUCUCCCUUGCUGUUCAGUGAGUCAGAUAAUGAAAAGUCCAGAACUGAAGUGGAAUCUAGUGUCAAUUGUGGAGUCACAGUAAAUCUUGGUUACACUCCAGAGCUUUUUAGUCAAUAACAACAUGACUUGAUAUGCUGGUUAUUGCCAGAGUACAUACUGUAUAACCCUGGUAGGUUGAAUCAACUUGUCUUUGAUUAAUUGAGCAGUUGGAGUUUUCUGUAGGGAGCUUUGAUCAGUUGUGAUACAUACGUUUUAAGUUGUGGUCAUCAAUUAACUCUAAGCCAACAUCUCUAUCAGAUAGGAUGGUUGUAUUGACUUGUUUGUGUUGGAUACUUUGUGACAACGUAUUGGACCUACAUGGUGGAUGAAUUUUGUUUAGGUACAUUGCUAUCAGAUAUUACGGUUUGUGUGAUUUGCUUCUUGUUUUUGUUUUGUUUCUGUGUAAGGUAACCUGUGUGUCUGUCACAGUGUCUGUGGUAUGCAAAUCAUAACAUUUGCAACAUCAACGCUUAAUACAAAAGGAAAGCAAUUGUUGAAACUAAAGCUUUAAUAACUAUGCCUUGUUAAUUGAAUUACAAAUUAUGAACUACAAAAAUACAAUAAACUGAAACUUUAUAACUUCUUGUUUGUUUUAAUUGGUGUGCUGGUCUGUUUGUUUACCUGAAUGUCUGUUGAUUUGUCUGAGGGCUUGCUCAUACUUGCUGUUGAUAGUGAUCAACAAUACAAUAAUAGAUUACAUACAACAGUCUGGGACUUAAUUUAUCAAUUAAGAGUGUAAGAUGAUU